GUGUACAUCCUCGUCAGUGCAGCUGGACGCUUGUGUGCCUUCUGCGUUGCUGUUUGUUUUUGUUUUGCACCAGAUCGCCCCCCCCCACCCCCCCCUAAAUCGAAUAGCUCCCUCGCCAGGUCUCCCCGGCAUCCGCGUUUUGCAUCUCUGCCUCACAUUUUCCGUGCCAGCGACUCCGUGCAGUGGGCGCAACCUCCACGACUCUCCAUCACCAAACCAACAUCUUCUUUUUUCGGAGACUACAACCGACGGGUAGGGGGGAGGUCGGGGGGGGGGGGAAGAAGAAGGAAUUGUCAACAAUGUUGCCCAAACUGCACGAUUGGAUGAUUCUGGGACAUUUCCGCAUCAAUGUUUUAAUCCUCACACACGUGUGUGUUGUGGGUAAAUAACAAAGCGCUUGAUCGUCUCUGCGUCGUGUGUGUUGUUUUUUUAUUUUUAUUUUUUUCCCUUCUUCUUGUUCCCUCCUUUUGUUCACUGAAGACGACGUCUCCCCCCCCCCCCACGCUUCCGGCGAGGAGCUUCACGUUUGUGCGCCUCGGUUUUUGCUCAAAGACGCAUCUGGAAAUGUCGGAAGUGUUGCCUUUCAACGAAGAGAAAAUGAGUCGUUAUGGAAAUGAGGGCGACGAGGGACACCUUUCCUUCACCUGUCGCCUUCAAGACACCAACAACUUCUUCAAUGGCUCGCAGAAUAAACGUCCGCCCAAACUGGGACAAAUAGGCCGGAGCAAACGGGUUGUGAUUGAGGAUGAGGCUGGAAAUGACGAUGCACUGAAAAACGAAACAGAGAAGACCCCGGCGGACGCUUAGAAAAACAGACUCUCUUGAUUUUUUUUUUUUAAAUGAUGAUAUUUACCAGUUUCAAUCCAAAGACAUUGUAUAUAAGCACUUUGUUUCAUGUGGCAGCAAGCAGCACUUCCACACACCCUCCUCUCCAAGGCACUCAUGGCCAUCUGGGUGACGCGCACACACCGGCAGCGAAAGAGACUCCCAGGUGGACCCCCCACCAGCACACACACCCUACAGGAAGGGGUUUUGCCAUAAAUCGAAUAGCUGGAGAAGGAUGGAGGGGUGGGGGUUCAGAUGGGUGAAGGAGUCAAAUCAGGGAGAGGAUCCAGAAAUUAAUAUUAAAUCGAAACUAAAGCACACAUUUCUGCUAACUGUCUAAAUUAUAUAUAUAUAUAUAUAUAUAUAUAAAUAUAUAUAUAUAUAUAUAUAUAUAUAUAAGUUUGUAAAUAGGGAAUACAUUUUCUUGCACAAGUUUGGUAUCUAUUUCUCUUCAUUUUAGGGAAAAAUGACGUAUUUUGCAGUGAAUUUACGCCUGAUGUUUGUUGUUUUUGUAUGUUGAGAGGACUUUUUCCCAAUUAAAAUCUCGAUAUUGCCUGUUUUUUUGUUAUACUUUGCAGCUGACGUUAUUUCUUUGUUGAUGAUGUACCUCCCACCGAUGCGUGUAAGCUUCCGGGCCUUCACCUGGAUUGGUUGACAUGACUGAACACAACCUAUUGAUAAACUACUUAUAUUACAUUGCGCAUCAUCGUGUGUGUGCCAAACGUCAUGAGGUAUAUACUAUACUGUGCUGCACCGGACAAAUUGUUCUUUUUUGCGCUUUUACAUUGACUCUUAAAAGUUGUUUGUUGUUGUUUUUUUAGGGCUACAACUUAAAAUACCAACUCAUGCAUGGCAAACUUAAAAUCAUGCAUGCCCAGCAGCAGAACUUCUGAAACUUGUGUGUAUUCUUGAAGCACCUCGUGAAACAGCUUUGAAUGACAAACCUCAAGCAGCAGUCUUAAUACUGUACUGUAUCAUUCACUCUUAUUUGUACAGUGGCCUAAUAUCUUGUAACAAAGGUGACAAUGAACUAUUAACUGUUUAAUAAAUGAUGAGGUGGAUUUAUGUUUUUUAAUGUUUACAAGUGUAGCAAAAACACAAAAGUCUAGUUUUAUAUGAUGAGGUUCAACACAAGAGUGUAACUUGGCAGACUUUUCAGAUGUGUUGCUUGUAUAGUUGAUAAUAGAUUGUAUAUCUGGCUGUCAUGGAAGGUUAAGUCAGCGUUUUCCACUGUGAGAAAGUAGCAUCCCAGUCAUCUGAACGAUUGGAAGGUGUCGAGAAUGGAAUAAAAAUGAACAAACAAUAAAAAGAAAGAAUAAAACGAUGCUCUGUGCUGUUGUUUUGACUUCCAUCUCAAACGUGGUUAUUGUGUAGCAAACGGCUAUGAUAAAUCAC